UGACACAAUGGAAAAUGGACAGCGACGAACUGCGAAAUGUCAAAAAAUUUCUGAAAGGAAAGGCAAGGAUGGUGUAAUGUUUUCGCUUGGAUAAUUUUAUUUUCCUUUAAAAUGGAAUCCCAUAGUUCCGACGCGGAAACUGGCGAUAAAUGCGAUAUAAAUGGCGACUGUUCACCGAUAUCGAACAAGGACACGGCUAGCUUCAACCACGCAAAAAAUAUUGAUGACAUCUCUACGCCUUCGGAACUGAAAUUCGAUGAAGACUUUGAAUUCGAGGAUCCAGAUGUUACUGAGAAGCGUAAUGAACUUGAAAGAUGCCUCAAAAACCCGAACUUGAUUAAUUUGGAACAAUGGCAGAACUUUGCCAAGAGUAAAGCUGGUUUAAUUUCAGAUGAAUACAGGAGACAAAUAUGGCCUCUGCUAGUGGGAGUCACGGAGGAAGAAAUGACAGAUCCUCCUUCACUAGAUGACCUAUCAAAACAUAGUGAAUAUCAUCAAGUGGUAAUGGAUGUGAACAGGUCACUGAAGCGUUUCCCUCCAGGCAUUCCAUACGAGCAGAGAGUGGCUCUCCAGGACCAGCUGACGGUGCUUAUACUGAGGGUCAUCAUGAAGUAUCCACACUUGAAGUACUACCAAGGCUACCACGACGUAGCAAUCACGUUGCUGCUAGUAUGCGGCGACAGGGCGUCUUUCCCUCUUCUAUGCCGGUUGUCAUACGGCGCGGGCGCACCCCUGGCCCCCUUCAUGCAGGCCACGCUACAGCCCACGCAGCAUCUGCUCAACUACAUGUUCCCGGUCAUACGACGGGCGGACGACAGACUGGCCGACUGUCUGGACAAGGCAGGAGUGGGCACAAUGUUUGCGCUGCCCUGGUACCUGACGUGGUUCGGCCACAGCCUCAACCGCUACUCAGACGUGGUGCGCUUGUACGACUACUUCCUGUGCGCGCCGCCGCUCUUCCCGGUCUACGUGACGGCGGCCAUCGUGCUGCAUCGCGCGCCCGACGUGUUCCAGUGCGACUGCGACAUGGCCAUGAUGCACUGCCUGCUGUCUAGAUUACCAGAUGACUUACCAUUUGAAGACAUUUUGGUGACAGCGAAAAAGUUGUAUGAAGAAAACGACCCCACUGAUCUCGAGGCUGAAGUCAAAGCUUUAGAAAAACGAGAAGAGGAGCAACGCAAACUAGAUCAGGAGCGCAUGAAGCGUCGCCAAGCGGGCCGCGUCGCUCCACGCUCAGGGCCGCGGCGCUGGCUGGCGGCCCUACCCGCGGCUCUGCGGCGGCCGGGCGGGCGGCGCGCGGCCCUGGCGCUCACCGCGGCUCUAUUCGCCAUCUACGUGUACUACCGCCCCGAUCUGUUCAGGAAUCGUGAGGACAGUCGGGAUGUGUAGGGUGACAAUAAAACUUAUUGGUUAUUUUUA